UCUCACUACUAGUAGUCUUCUCGUUUUAUUCUCGAUUUUCUUGCUCACUCUUUCGGAGGUCUCUCUAGUCAUCUUCAGCUAUAGAUCCACACACAGUUGCUGAUCUAAAAGUUUGAGAUAUAUGGUAUACCAUCUAGAGGUCUCAGGGUUCAAAUUCCAACAGAGAACACUAGUGAUUUCUGGUGGAGGUGGCAGAUAUUUCGUGGAAUUAGUUGAGUAGUAUGUUGAUUGGAGGACGAGACAUGGGUCAACAGUAGAGCUGCUUCAUUGGUGAUCUGUAGGUGGGAAGGCUGCGUAUUGUAUACAUCGACAUCUCUCCCUGUCCCGCCACUAUCAAGUGAGCACUUUGUGCGUGUGACCACAAAGAUGGCCUUUUAGAACAACCCUGUGAAGCGCGUCCUUGACUACAAAUCCAGAAAACAAUCCAAUUGCACAUUUUUUCGAAAUGGGGCGUUUAAGGCCACAAUCUAGUAUCAAGGCAAUUGAAGAGGAACCAGAAGAUUGUGAGACAACCUCUUCCAACAAAACUGCCAUAGCUUGUAUGAUUAACUCUGAAGUAAGUGCUGUUUUAGCAGUCAUGAGAAGAAAUGUUAGGUGGGGUGGUCGUUAUGUUUCAGGAGAUGAUCAGCUAGAACACUCUCUAAUCCAGUCUCUUAAGACAUUGCGUAAGCAGAUAUUUUCGUGGCAGCAUUCGGGGCAAACCAUCAGUCCGGCCUUAUAUCUCCAGCCAUUUCUGGAUGUUAUUCGGUCUGAUGAAACUGGGGCACCAAUCACUGGUGUUGCAUUGUCUUCUGUUUUCAAGAUUUUGACCCUUGAUAUUCUUGAUCUUGAUGCUGUCAAUAUUGAAGAUGCAAUGCACUCUGUUGUGGAUGCUGUGACUAGUUGCAGAUUUGAGGUGACAGAUCCUGCAUCAGAAGAAGUUGUAUUGAUGAAGAUACUUCAAGUUCUUUUGGCAUGCAUGAGAAGUAAAACAUCAGUUGUGUUGAGUAACCAGCAUGUUUGCACCAUUGUCAACACAUGCUUCAGAGUAGUUCAUCAAGCUGGAGCUAAAAGUGAGGUCUUACAGCGGAUAGCACGUCACACUAUGCAUGAACUUGUGAAAUGUAUUUUUGCACACCUUCCGGAAGUUGACAACACACAACACUCCAUAGUUAGACAGCAUGGUUCCUCCAAAAACGAGGUUGCUGGUAUUGAUAACGAGUACAGUUUGAGUAGCAAGUCGGAGAAUGGGAGUGGUCCUUCUGAAUAUGAUAGUCUACCACCUUCUGGAGGUUUCACUUCUGCUUCAACAGGUCUGCUUAGCAGUGUUACAGAAGAAGGCAUGGUCAUGGGUGACAACGGGAAGGAUAGUGUUCCUUAUGACCUACAUUUAAUGACUGAACCAUAUGGAGUCCCAUGCAUGGUUGAGAUAUUUCACUUCUUGUGCUCUUUGUUGAAUGUUGUAGAACAUGUAGGGAUGGGUCCUAGGGUAAAUACUAUGGCAUUCGAUGAAGAUGUUCCUCUAUUUGCCCUUGGUUUGAUCAACUCAGCCAUUGAACUGGGAGGCCCUGCUAUUUGCAGUCACCCCAGAUUGUUGAGUUUGGUCCAGGAUGGAUUAUUCCGUAAUCUAAUGCAGUUUGGUUUGUCAAUGAGUCCAUUGAUUCUUUCAAUGGUCUGCAGUAUCGUUCUAAAUCUGUAUCAGCACUUGCGAACUGAACUGAAACUACAGCUUGAGGCUUUCUUUUCCUGUGUGGUCCUGAGACUUGCACAAAGCCGUUAUGGGGCUUCAUACCAGCAGCAGGAAGUAGCAAUGGAGGCUCUUGUUGACUUUUGCAGGCAAAAGUCCUUCAUGGUAGAAAUGUAUGCAAAUUUAGAUUGUGAUAUCACCUGCAGUAACAUUUUUGAAGAACUUGCAAAUUUAUUAUCUAAGAGUGCAUUCCCGGUGAACUCUCCAUUGUCUUCCAUGCAUAUUCUUGCUUUGGAUGGUCUGAUUGCUGUUAUCCAGGGAAUGGCUGAGAGGAUAGGCAAUGGAUCCUAUAGUUCAGAAUACACUCCAAUAAAUCUAGAGGAAUAUAGUCCAUUUUGGAUGGUCAAGUGUGAGAACUAUAGCGAUCCUGAUCAUUGGGUACCAUUUGUACGUCGACGGAAGUACAUCAAGAGAAGGUUAAUGAUUGGAGCUGAUCACUUUAAUAGGGACCCAAAGAAAGGUCUAGAGUUUCUUCAAGGAACACAUCUAUUGCCGGAAAAACUUGAUCCCCAGAGUGUGGCUUGCUUUUUCAGGUUCACAGCUGGGCUAGAUAAGAAUCUCGUUGGGGAUUUUCUUGGAAAUCAUGAUGAAUUUUGUGUUCAGGUGCUUCAUGAGUUUGCUGGAACAUUUGAUUUCCAAGACAUGAACCUAGAUACUGCAUUGAGGCUGUUUUUGGAAACUUUCCGACUGCCUGGGGAAUCUCAAAAGAUAGCAAGGGUGCUUGAGGCAUUUUCAGAGAGAUACUAUGAGCAAUCUCCACAGAUUCUAGCUAAUAAAGAUGCUGCUCUGUUGUUAUCAUAUUCAAUAAUAAUGCUCAACACUGACCAGCACAAUGUUCAGGUAAAGAAGAAGAUGACAGAGGAGGAUUUCAUCCGUAACAAUAGGCACAUUAAUGGAGGUAAUGAUCUUCCUCGUGAAUUUCUAUCUGAAUUGUACCACUCAAUCUGCAACAAUGAGAUCCGGACAACACCAGAACAAGGUGCUGGUUUUGCUGAAAUGAACCCAAGCCGUUGGAUUGAUUUGAUGCACAAAUCUAAAAAAACUCCUCCAUACAUCAUGUGUGAUUCUAAAGCCUACCUUGAUCAUGAUAUGUUCGCAAUAAUGUCGGGCCCUACUAUUGCUGCUAUCUCUGUGGUGUUUGAUCAUGCUGAACAUGAGGAUGUCUACCAAACCUGUAUAGAUGGUUUCUUGGCUGUUGCAAAGAUUUCGGCAUGCCAUCAUCUUGAAGAUGUUUUGGAUGAUCUAGUGGUAUCUCUAUGUAAGUUCACAACCCUGUUGAAUCCCUCAUUGGUGGAGGAACCUGUUUUAGCCUUUGGCGAUGAUGCAAAAGCAAGAAAGGCAACUGUUACAGUUUUCACUAUAGCAAACAAAUGUGGUGAUUUUAUCCGUACUGGCUGGAGAAAUAUCUUGGAUUGCAUCUUAAGACUGCACAAGCUUGGUCUUCUUCCUGCUCGUGUAGCCAGUGAUGCAGCUGAUGACUCAGAGGCAUCUUCUGAUCCAGGACAUGGGAAACCCCUCCCUAAUUCAUUGUCUGCUGCUCAUAUGCAAUCCUUAGGUACUCCCAGAAGAUCUUCAGGACUUAUGGGACGAUUUAGUCAACUCCUAUCUAUAGAUACAGAAGAGCCUAGGUCUCAACCUACUGAGCAACAACUUGCGGCUCAUCAGCGCACACUGCAGACAAUUCAGAAGUGUCAAAUUGAUACCAUCUUCACAGAAAGUAAGUUUCUCCUAGCUGAUUCUUUGUUGCAGUUGGCAAGGGCCCUCAUAUGGGCUGCUGGGAGACCUCAGAAAGGUAGUAGUUCCCCGGAGGAUGAAGAUACUGCAGUGUUCUGCUUGGAAUUGCUGAUUGCAAUCACUUUGAACAAUAGAGAUAGAAUAGCACUUCUUUGGCAGGGAGUUUAUGAACAUAUUGCUCAUAUUGUACACUCAACAAUUAUGCCUUGUGCUCUAAUUGAGAAAGCUGUUUUUGGACUACUACGCAUCUGCCAGAGGCUGCUUCCUUAUAAAGAGAACUUAGCAGAUGACCUUCUCAGAUCAUUACAACUUGUAACCAAGCUUGAUGCCCGGGUAACUGAUGCAUAUUGCGAACAAAUUACACAGGAAGUCAGUCGGCUGGUUAGAGCAAAUGCUUCACAUAUCCGAUCUCAAAUGGGAUGGCGAACUAUUACUCAGUUACUUUCUAUAACAGCUAGACAUCCAGAAGCUUCGGAAGCAGGAUUUGAUGUCCUAGGUUUCAUCAUGUCUGAUGGAUCCCAUUUGUCUCCGGCUAAUUUUGUUCUUUGCAUUGAUGCAGCAAGAAAUUUUGCAGAGUCUCGUGUUGGACCAGCCGAUAGACCUAUUCGUGCAGUGGAUCUUAUGGCAGGUUCUGCUGCUUGUUUAGCAUGCUGGUCUAAAGAUACCAGGGAAGCGAUGGCAGAGGCAGAAGCUUUGAAGCUGUCUCAGGAUAUAGGGGAAAUGUGGCUGAGGCUUGUACAGGGUCUGAGGAAAGUUUGUCUGGAUCAGAGAGAAGUUAGGAAUCAUGCUCUUUCAUCCCUACAAAUGUGCUUGACAGGAGUAGAUGAAAUGUACCUUUCACAUGGUCUCUGGUUGCAGUGCUUUGAUAUUGUCAUUUUCACAAUGCUGGACGACUUGAUUGAGCUCACAUCACAGAAAGAUUAUAGAAACAUGGAAGAGACACUUAUUCUUGCCUUGAAGCUGUUAACUAAGGUGUUUUUACAGUUGCUUCAUGAGCUAUCUCAAUUGACCACCUUCUGCAAACUCUGGCUUGGAGUCCUCAACCGGAUGGAGAAAUACAUGAAGGUGAAGGUCAGAGGUAAGAAGAGUGAAAAACUUCAGGAGCUAGUCCCUGAACUUCUUAAGAACACCUUGGUUGUAAUGAAAUCUAAGGGGGUACUCGUUCAGAGGAGUGCUCUCGGUGGAGAUAGCUUGUGGGAACUGACAUGGUUGCAUGUGAAUAACAUUGUUCCUUCUCUGCAAGCUGAGGUUUUCCCUGAGAAUGAGUCGGGGCAUGUAGAGUCUGACCAGACAGACGUAGGAGAAACUGCAUAUGAUGUUACUGAUCCGAGUUGAUAAGCUUAUCACUGAAUCUGUUAGAUGAGAGUUAAAUUUCUGUCCAAAUUUAGGUAAGAAUUUGCAUAUUUUUCCCAUGAUAUAAAACACAUAGAGAUAAACAUCUGCUCACUUUCUCUCUGAGAAAUUCGAACAUGAUCUUUCUCUGAUAUUGUAUUAGAUUUGUGCAUAUUGUACAGAAUGUAGAGUUCUAACCUAGUUUUUACCCUGCAGUAGUGUGUUAAGACUUAUUGCACAAGAUUGCCUUGGACUCUUUGAAACAUUAGUGCAUACCGUUUGUGUAAUUCUGGUCA